AGCUGCGCGACGGAAGUUAACUUCUCGCAUCAUCCCAUGUGAUAGCUCCCAAAACAUCAGAUGCCGCUUGGAGAUUUCUUCUUUUCGCCAAACGAAGGACAAAACGUCAUUUCUCGAAAUUAAUAUUUAAUUUUUAUCCGAGAACAAAUGAAUUUUAAGUGCCUUUGAUAUUCAUAUUUUUAUCUCACUAAAACUUGGAAUAGAAUUUGAAUUAAUACAAGAAUUUUCCGAAGUUGUUUAUGGAUUAUUUAAGACACAUUCUUCUGUGAUGGAUAACUAAAGUGCAACUGGUGAACAGUAAUAAAUAUAUACUUGAAAAUUAUUUUAAUCCUAAUUACAAAUUCUCUUUUACCUUGUUGAGUAAUUUUAUAAUUAAAAGUGAUAAAACCAUUGUGAUAAACUCAUUCCCUACGGAUAAGCUGGUCAGCUUUGCCAGUGCAGCAUGAUGGUACUGUACCUACUGGAGCAAAACCAGUGAUGUACAACAGUGGUGUGGACUACCGCGCUUCAGACGGCGGCUGGGGUAUGGUGUACCCCAACUAUCCUUACAAAUAUCAGGCAUAUCCGGAAGAAGGGAGUGUUGCACAAGCCCCUUGGGCUCCGGACAUGUCAAAUAUGAGCGACGAAAGCCCGCCACCCCCUAUGGAAGGCGACGAAGAACCGGCAUCACCUAUGCCGACUCCGACACCCAGAAGUGGCAGCCGGGGUUCUGGCGGUGGGAAAUCGUCGGCCGCUGCCGCUGCGAUGGAGCAGAGAAUCCGUCGACCAAUGAAUGCCUUCAUGGUUUGGGCGAAGAGCGAAAGGAAAAGAUUGGCGGAUGAAAAUCCAGACAUGCAUAACGCCGAUCUCAGCAAAUUGCUCGGUAAAAGAUGGAGGGCAUUAACACCCGUAGAGAGGCAACCAUACGUUCAAGAAGCUGAACGUUUGCGACAACAGCACCAAAAGGAUUACCCGCAUUACAAGUAUAGACCCCGCAGACGAAAAAGCACGAAAAGAGGGAAUAAUACUGCACCAAAGGGUGCUCCAACACCUCCUAUUGCUCAAGCAACAGGAGGCUCCAUUUCAACUUCACCCCAUUCAAUGUACCCCAAUGGAUACAAUUCUACUUACGACGCACCUUCACCUAUGUCUUAUACUCCUCAGCAGUCUGUAUGCAACGGUAGUAACCUUAACAGAGGCGGUUUCCAUCCUCAGCAAUUGAAUUGUGACUAUUAUGGGGUACAAACCCCUGAUUGUUCUCCAAAUGGAAGUCCUGACAAUGAUGUUUCCCUUGGAGCUAAAUUUCCUAAAAAAGACUUGGGACUGGGAUUUGAGUACGGCCAAGAUAAAAGUGUUAGUCAGAGAGUAGAUGGCGGCAUCCGAGGGCUUCCCACUCCAGAUAUGUCUCCCCCUCAGAAUGAGCAAGAAGCUUGUAAUCGACUUCAGAUGCAGAGGAGAGAGGGGAACCCGUCAAGAGGCUCAAAUAAUACUCUUAUACAACUUAUAUCUCAGUUUGGUGGUACAUCUAAUUACUUAAAAGACAUUCGUCCACCUUAUCGUCUUCCAAUGAGAUUGGCAACGUCCACUUUGCAGGCUUUAUCUGCGGCAUCUGGUAAUCCCAUCUAUACAUUUUCUGAAUCUGGUUCUCAGAUGAUUGAUACACAGUCGACUUUUGAUGGCCAGCGACGUGAUUUUUACCACUCUUCGUCUUCCAUGUCACCUCUUAACAGUCCAUCCACUUCUGUGUCCGACAGAAAUAGUCCUUUCCCAACAACCAGCCACCUGUAUAGUGCUCUGAGUCGGUCACCAACAUACAGGCAUUUGAGCACAUAUAAUAACUGUGGCAGUGAUAAUGGAUCUACAGGAUUGUUUCCGUCUCAACAAAUCAAAAUAGAGGUUGAAGAUGGUAAUUCAGAUCCUGGCCAGCAAUUUAACUUUAUGCCUUCCUAUGGAUCAGCCCCGUCCUACACUAACGUAGCACCCACCUCCUCCAAUUUCGGUUGUGCUUACUCUUCUCAGGAUAUGUACCCAAAGAGCACCUGCAGUGAUCAAACCAACGCGUUCUCUUUUACUAAAAGUGUUGCGAGUGGAAAUGCAUUGUCUUCUGGCUACAGUACCAUAAGCCCACCUGAUUCAAAUUUUGUUUCGGAUAUAUUUGGUGAUAUCGAUGGCAAAGAACUUGACCGUUAUCUCACAGGCUCAUCGUCAUUCCCAACAUCCAACACUGGUCCCACCGAUUCUCCUAACUUGCCAUCUGCAUCGCCCAUUUCACUUCGAUCACGGCUUCAGCAAUCACAAAGGAAUCCUGAUGACACACGCUUAGGUGGCCAGUUUCAGGACUUUUCCAAACCUAUGUAUGGUAGUACUCUAACAGACGGCCAUAACAAACUCUCUCUUGGAUGUGAAGAAGAAGGCGAUACCAUGAGUGAAGCUUUCGCAGCUCUGAGAUCCAUUAUUAGUUAAUGUCGCCAAAUAUGCAGCCUUCAUUUGGAUUUUCACAAUGCUCGUCGCCUGCUUCAUUUAGGCUGUACAAAACUCCAAAGGCAUUUAUUACUUUCGUGAUUUAUUUUUAUAAAAAUGAAUAUUUUUCUAGAAUUGUUUUUACAUAAUGAUGUAAAGGGAGAGAGACAAGAGCAUAGGAUUAAAACCAUUGCUAGAAACAGUAUUAAAUACUCCAAAAAUGAUAAUUACAGUAACUGGAAUAUAACGUGGAUUUGCAGAAGUGUCUGUGCAGGGAAAAAACCCUUUCGUGUCCAGAGGAUUGCUUCAGUUUUUUUGCUGUCUUCCAAAUUUACAUUAUGUAAAUGAUUUCAUUUUUCAAGUUGUGCUUCUCAAUGAGAUUUGUAGUGACAAUGUGCAAUUCUGAUAAGUUUAUUGAGCUGAAAUCAAAACGCAUUUUUCUAGAAGUCGUAUUCAAUAAAUACAUUAUUGUUGUUCAUUAUUUCAUGAAAAAAUGAUUGAUCACCAUGAUGUUGGAUUUAGAAACUUUAGUAUUCACAGAAAUGUGUUGAAUUUUUUUUUUCUUGGAAGCUUAAUUUUGUAUUUUGUGAAAGAUAAAUCAUUCUUGAUGUUUUAAAAUUAAGUAAAAAUUUCUUCAUCAUAAGUUAUUGUUUGUUAAAAACAAUAUGCGUUGCUUACCUUAAACAAGUUUCCCUGUGAUAAACACAACUUUUAUGUAAACUCAAGUGAUGUAUUUAUCUCUUGUAAAUGUUUCGUGUUUUCGAAUAUGUAUGAUUUUGCUAUUAGGAACAAAUGUUCUGCAUUGUUAUUUAGUCAUUUCAAAAAGAUGUGGAAUUUUUUUUAAUUACUCUCACUUUAUAAAAAAAAAUUUAAUAAGACAUUUUGCUUAUUCCAUUCCACUUACAAGGAUGAAAAACAAUGCAGAAAGUUUAUUAGAAUUUUUAAAAUAUCUGAUUUAGGAAAUAUAGUUGUGGAUCAUCCAGUAUUAGCUAUCAAAUGCUUUGUAAUUUAAACGAAUUAAAAUAUAAAAAUAGUAAAUACAAUUAACAAAACGAUGAGCAUGGAUCAAAUUUUAUGUAUAAAUUUUUUGUAAAUAUUUUUGAAAAAAAAAAUACUAUUUUAAUAUAUUUUUACACUGAUUUAUGAGAUACAUUAUUUGCAAUUAUAAAUUUAUGUCAAGCAUACUCAUAAAACUAUGUUCAUAUUUUACUCAGUGACUGAUGUUGUGCACGACAUUCCAUCUAAAUGUGAAAAAUAAGAUUUUAUGACUUCUCAAAUGUGAGUACAAGAAAAACACUACUGAGUAUAGAGACCCCAGAGGACUUUUCAGUAUUAAUAAUUUAGUCUUUCUAGAAAAAAAAAAUUAUAAUUUUGGGGCUAUUUUUAUAUUAUUCGAGAGAGUUGUUUAUAUGCCUCUUAUGCCCUUAAUGUUGGAUAAAAAUGUUAUUUCAUGUACAGUAUAUUAUAUGUCUGACAUCCGUGUCUCAUGUUUAAUUAUAAAAUGUAUAUUUUUAUUUAGAACAAGUUAUCAAUGAGGAU